UUUACAGCGUAGCACACGACAUGGACGCAUGCUGCAGCGACUUCCGGCAGCGUCCAUCAACAGAGUGUGUGUGAGCGGAGUUUCUGUGUGUGUCCGGGGAGCAGGAGAAACCAACAUGGAGGUGUUAGGAGGAGAGUUCUGUGAGAUGACUCCUCAGGAGCUGGCGGCUCCUGUCAACACGGUGGAGGAAAAGUGGAAACUAUUACCAGCCUUCCUGAAGGUGAAAGGUCUGGUGAAGCAGCACAUUGACUCAUUCAACUAUUUCAUCAAUGUGGAGAUCAAGAAAAUAAUGAAAGCAAAUGAGAAAAUCACAAGUGAUGCUGAUCCGAUGUGGUACCUGAAAUACCUCAAUAUCUAUGUGGGGAUGCCUGAUGUAGAGGAAAGCUUCAACGUAACUCGACCAGUGUCACCUCAUGAGUGUCGUCUCAGGGACAUGACGUACUCCGCUCCCAUCACAGUGGACAUAGAGUACACCCGUGGCAGUCAGAGAAUCAUCCGCAAUGCCCUGCCCAUCGGAAGAAUGCCGAUCAUGCUGCGGAGCUCCAACUGUGUUCUCACAGGAAAGACGCCCUUGGAGUAUGCAAAACUCAACGAAUGUCCUCUGGAUCCAGGAGGUUAUUUCAUUGUAAAAGGUCAAGAGAAGGUCAUUCUGAUUCAGGAGCAGCUGUCGAAGAAUCGAAUCAUUGUGGAUCAGGACAGGAAGGGAACAGUCGGAGCUUCAGUCACCAGUUCCACUCAUGAGAAGAAAAGCAGAACGAAUAUGAUCGUUAAACAAGGACGGUUCUACCUGAGACACAACACGCUGUCAGAGGACGCUCCCAUCGCCAUCAUAUUCAAGGGUAUGGGUGUGGAGAGCGACCAGGAGAUAGUGCAGAUGAUCGGCACAGAGGAGCACGUCAUGGCCAGCUUCGCCCCGAGUCUGGAGGAGUGUCAGAAAGCUCAGAUCUUCACGCAGACGCAGGCUCUGAGGUACCUCGGGAAUAAAGUGCGGAGACAGCGAAUGUGGGGAGGCCCCAAGAAAACCAAGAUGGAGGAGGCCAGAGAGCUUCUUGCAUCUCUUAUCCUCACACAUGUGCCCGUCAAAGAGUUUAACUUUCGGGCUAAGUGUAUUUACCUGGCUGUGAUGGUGAGGAGAGUGAUUCUGGCCCAGGGCAACAAGAACAAGGUGGACGACAGAGAUUACUAUGGCAACAAACGUCUUGAGUUGGCGGGACAGCUGCUGUCUCUGCUGUUUGAAGAUCUCUUUAAGAAGUUCAACUCCGAGCUGAAGAAAAUCGCUGACCAGAUCAUUCCCAAGCAGAGAGCAGCUCAGUUUGACGUGGUGAAGCACAUGCGGCAGGACCAGAUCACCAACGGCAUGGUCAAUGCCAUAUCCACGGGAAACUGGUCCCUGAAGAGAUUCAAGAUGGACCGUCAGGGCGUUACUCAGGUCCUGUCUCGUCUCUCCUUCAUCUCAGCUCUGGGCAUGAUGACCAGGAUCUCCUCCCAGUUUGAGAAGACCAGGAAGGUCAGCGGCCCGCGCUCCCUGCAGCCGUCACAGUGGGGCAUGCUGUGUCCGUCUGACACGCCUGAGGGAGAGGCCUGUGGUCUGGUGAAGAACUUGGCUCUGAUGACCCACAUCACCACGGACAUGGAGGACGGCCCGAUCGUCAAACUGGCCUUCAACCUGGGGGUGGAGGACGUCAACCUGCUGUGCGGCGAGGAGCUCUCCUACCCGAGCGUCUUCCUCGUCUUCCUCAACGGUAACAUUCUGGGUGUCAUCAGAGACCAUCAUAAGCUGGUCAACACCUUCAGGCUGAUGCGUAGAGCAGGUUUUAUCAACGAGUUUGUGUCCAUCUCCACCAACUUGACCGACCGCUGCGUCUACAUCUCGUCUGACGGAGGACGCCUCUGCAGGCCGUACAUCAUAGUGAAGAGGGGGCAGCCGAUGGUGAAAAACAAACACAUUGAAGACCUGUCGCAGGGCUACAGAACCUUUGAGGAUUUCCUGCACGAGGGUCUUGUGGAGUAUCUGGAUGUGAACGAGGAGAACGACUGUCAGAUCGCCCUUUAUGAAUACAUGAUCUGCAAAGUCACAACACACUUGGAGAUCGAGCCCUUCACGUUGCUCGGGGUGUGCGCCGGCCUCAUUCCCUACCCCCACCACAACCAGUCACCCAGGAACACGUACCAGUGCGCUAUGGGCAAACAGGCAAUGGGCACUAUUGGCUAUAAUCAGAGGAACCGAAUCGACACUCUGAUGUACUUGCUGGCGUAUCCUCAGAAACCGAUGGUCAAAACAAAAACCAUUGAGCUCAUCGACUUUGAGAAGCUUCCUGCUGGUCAGAACGCCACCGUGGCUGUGAUGAGCUACAGCGGCUACGACAUUGAAGACGCUCUGAUCCUGAACAAAGCUUCACUCGACAGAGGGUUUGGCCGCUGCCUCGUCUAUAAAAAUGCCAAGUGUACGCUGCGGCGUUACACCAACCAGACCUUUGACAAGGUGAUGGGCCCCAUGCUGGAUGCUGCCACACGAAAGCCCAUCUGGAGGCACAACAUCCUGGAUGCUGAUGGCAUCUGCUCCCCUGGUGAGAAAGUGGAGAACAAGCAGGUGUUGGUAAACAAGUCAAUGCCAACUGUCACUCAGGCACCACUGGAGGGCAGUACCCAGCCAGGCCAGCCCCAGUACAGAGACGUGCCCGUCGGCUAUAAGGGCUCAACAGACUCGUACAUCGAGAAGGUCAUGAUCUCGUCCAACGCCGAAGAUGCUUUCCUCAUCAAGAUCCUGCUGAGGCAAACCAGGAGACCGGAGAUAGGAGACAAAUUCAGCAGUCGUCACGGACAGAAAGGUGUUUGCGGUCUCAUCGUCCCACAGGAGGACAUGCCAUUCUGUGACACGGGCAUCUGUCCAGAUAUCAUCAUGAACCCUCAUGGGUAUCCCUCCAGGAUGACGGUGGGGAAGUUGAUCGAACUGUUGGCUGGGAAAGCCGGAGUCUUAGACGGACGCUUCCACUACGGCACGGCCUUCGGCGGCAGCAAGGUGAAGGAUGUGUGUGAGGAUCUCAUCCGUUACGGAUACAACUACCAGGGCAAAGACUACGUCACCUCAGGAAUCACUGGAGAACCACUGGAGGCAUACAUCUACUAUGGACCGGUGUAUUAUCAGAAACUGAAGCACAUGGUCAUAGACAAGAUGCAUGCCAGAGCCCGAGGCCCCAGAGCCGUCCUCACCAGGCAGCCGACAGAGGGCCGCUCCAGGGACGGAGGUCUGCGUCUGGGCGAGAUGGAGCGCGAUUGUUUGAUCGGCUACGGAGCGAGCAUGUUACUGCUGGAGCGGCUCAUGAUCUCCAGUGACGCCUUCGAGGUGGAUGUGUGCGGACAGUGCGGCCUGCUGGGAUACUCUGGGUGGUGUCACUACUGUAAGUCGUCCUGCCACGUUUCCUCCCUGCGGAUCCCGUACGCCUGCAAGCUGCUCUUCCAGGAGAUGCAGUCCAUGAACAUCAUCCCUCGACUCAAACUGGCCCGUUACAACGAGUGAACAGGCGAGGGACACAAACACGAUGUAUGUGAGUGAAAGUUUCAGAGUCAGAUUUGUUAUUGACAACGUCUGAAACACGGUUUAUUUGUAAAAAGCUUUUUUUUUGAACGAGCAGCAAGAAACAGGCUGACGAUUUUUGUUUUUUUACAAAAUGUUUGACCUGUGACUCAUUUCUGUUGAUACCUUCUCACCAUUCUACUCUUUGUAUAUGUAAGUAAUAAACACAGAGAAUAUUUCAAAUCA